AUGGGCCGUCAUUCAUCGGCCGAGAGAUCAGAGUCACGGCACCUUGCUCUAGACCUGAUCAAAACUUCGCGGUAUAACCGUUACAUGCCCUACUACACGAUAUUUGCCGCCGUGUGGUCUACUUUGAUUGCAGGUGCUCUCAGGUUGCAAGAGGCCCGCGACAGUAUCUCCGUUGAGCACAUCCUCAACCGAGCCAUCCUUUCCUCCCUACACUGCCUCUUACUAUGCGGUGCCGGAAACACAUGGAACGAUCUGGUGGACCGGAAUAUCGAUUCUAGGGUGGCUCGGACAAAAUGCAGACCAUUGGCCUCCGGGCGGGUCUCCACUAUCCAGGCGCUGGCGUGGCUGAUCGUUCAGUAUGCACUGUCGGUGAACGUUCUAGUUUGGAUAUUGGAUGGGCAGAGGAUUUGGAGCCUAAUGCUCCCGCUAACAGCCACUAUCAUCGUAUACCCGUAUCUGAAGCGGCCUGUCUUCAGCAAGGUCUUCAUCUACCCCCAGUACGUUCUCGGCCUCGCCGUCAGCUACCCGGCAAUAACAGGCUGGGCUUCGAUCAAUGGGCAAGAUCAAUCGACGGCUGAUAUCGUCAACCAUUGCGCACCGAUUGUGCUUCUUGUCUUCGUCUGGUGUUUCUACUUCAACACUGCUUAUAGCUUCCAGGAUAGCGUUGACGACCGGAAGAUGAAGGUCAACUCUGCAUACGUUUUCGCGGGUGAUCGCAUCCGAUUGUUUCUCUCGUUUCUGAGCAUCCUGACUCUCGUAACGAUUCCGUUUGUUGUGUCCAAGAUUGAUUCCCCUUGGCUGUGGCUCUCGUGGAUGGGGGUUUGGUGCAGUGCCAUGAUAAAGCAGAUUGUUCAGUUUGAUUCGGGGAAACCGGAGAGCGGUGCCCGUAUUCAUUGGGAGAAUUUUCUUUUGGGUUUGUGGACGAGUUCUGCUUGCGUGAUCGAGGUCUAUCUACAGAAAGGAGGGUUCUGGGACACUGUUUAA